CGCCUCGUGGCGCCUGCGCGCUCCUCUUCACGGCCGCCUCCUCGGCUUCCAGCCCCAGCCCGGGGUAGAGAGGAGGAGCGAGCGGGUGCCAAAGCCAUGGCCACCCUGGCCCAGCUGGGACGAUGCCGGGGAGCCGGGCCGGGGAGCCCCGCGGCCCCUCGACCAGGGCUUCUGGGGAUGCUGCUGAUGGCGAUGGCUGGGCUGGACACCCGGGCCGGGGCAGGAGCUCUGGCGGAUUCCCCCGCACUGGCAACCCGGCCCGUGGCCCUGGAAGAGGAGAUCGUGUCCGAGAAGGCGGCCGAAGCGAGCCAUCGCCAAGACAGCGCCAACCUGCUCAUCUUCAUCCUCCUGCUCACCCUCACCAUCCUCACCAUCUGGCUCUUCAAGCACCGCCGGGCGCGCUUCCUCCACGAGACGGGUCUGGCCAUGAUCUACGGUGUUCUAGUAGGCGUUGUUCUUCGUUAUGGUAUCCACGUUCCCAGUGAUGUCAACAAUGACACCUUAAAGUGCCAAGUGCAGACAAGUCCUGCCACACUGCUGCUCAACAUCAGUGGAAAGUACUAUGAAUACACCCUCAAGGGGGAAAUCAGCCCACAUGAGCUGAAUAAUGUUCAGGAUAAUGAGAUGCUCAGAAAGGAUGCAGUGAUUGAAGUUAAUUACACAUUCUUUUCUGUAGCCAGAACAACUUAUAAAGUACAGUACUUCUUGACCGUGCUUGCCAUAUUCCAUGAGCUUCAAGUUGACGUUGAGUUGUAUGCCCUCCUGUUUGGUGAAAGUGUUCUCAAUGAUGCCGUUGCCAUUGUCCUGUCUUCGUCAAUCGUAGCAUAUCAACCAGCAGGUGACAACAGCCACACUUUCGACCUCACAGCAAUGUUCAAGUCCAUUGGGAUUUUCCUGGGGAUAUUCAGUGGAUCAUUUGCUAUGGGAGCCGCCACCGGAGUCGUCACUGCUUUGGUCACUAAGUUUACUAAACUCCGCGAGUUCCAGCUGUUGGAAACUGGCUUGUUUUUCCUGAUGUCUUGGAGCACCUUUCUUUUAGCUGAAGCUUGUGGCUUUACAGGUGUCGUAGCAGUGCUGUUUUGUGGCAUCACUCAGGCGCACUACACUUACAACAACUUGUCCACAGAGUCCCAGCACAGAACUAAGCAGCUAUUUGAGCUUCUCAACUUCUUGGCUGAAAACUUCAUCUUCUCCUACAUGGGUCUUACGCUGUUCACCUUCCAGAAUCACGUGUUUAAUCCAACAUUUAUAGUGGGAGCUUUUCUAGCAGUAUUCUUGGGAAGAGCUGCAAAUAUUUAUCCUCUAUCUUUCCUCCUUAAUUUGGGAAGAAGAAACAAGAUUGGAACAAAUUUUCAGCAUAUGAUGAUGUUUGCUGGCUUGCGUGGUGCCAUGGCCUUUGCCUUGGCCAUUCGGGACACGGCCACCUAUGCACGGCAGAUGAUGUUCAGUACUACGCUUCUGAUUGUGUUUUUCACUGUCUGGGUCUUUGGUGGUGGCACCACCCCCAUGCUCUCUUGCCUGCAUAUUAGGGUUGGUGUAGAUGCAGAUCAGGAGAACUUGGGUGUGCCGGAAAAUGAAAGGAGAAGUACAAAAGCAGAGAGUGCCUGGCUGUUCAGGUUAUGGUACAACUUUGAUCAUAACUACUUGAAACCUCUCCUGACGCAUAGCGGCCCUCCUCUUACAACUACACUCCCAAGUUGCUGUGGGCCUAUUGCACGGUGCUUGACAAGCCCACAAGCUUACGAGAAUCAAGAGCAGCUGAAGGAUGAUGAUUCAGAUCUCAUUUUGAAUGAUGGAGACAUCAGUUUGACAUAUGGGGAUUCCACCGUGAAUACCGAUUCCCUGACAUCGGGUACAUCUAGAAGAGCAGCAGGAAAUGGCUCAGAGGAUGCUCUGGACCAGGAGCUUGGUUUUGGGGAUCAUGAACUUGUCAUACGGGGUACCCGCUUAGUUCUCCCAAUGGAUGACUCAGAGCCACCUUCAAAUGUAGUAGAUAACGCAAGGCAUGGCCCAGCGUAAGAUCGUUGCUGGAUUUGACUCGCAGUCAAAAAAAAGAAAAAAGAUCCAUGUAUGAUCAUGAAGAAAAAAUGUACUACCUACGACAAAAACCUACUGCAUGUCUCAGAAUGUCUAAGCUGUAUAAAUAUUAUUUAUUUAUAUGGUGUCAGGAGAAUAUAACUAUCCGUAUGAGACAACUUGUGAAGAGCAAGGUGUUAAUUUCUUAAGUUAAACAAACAGCUCAUGGACUGCACUGUGUAGGGUGGAACUGUUUAGAACAAAAAUUCUGUUGUGUGGAGAAGAACUUUUUUUAUUUUAAAAGACGUGGGAUGAAAUGUGUUGGUAGCAACCCUUUUAACUGUACGACAGCAAUCUGCUUUGCUGUUGGCUUUCACAACUCGACCUAAGGUUAAUGCUUAUCCAAGAGCAGUAAGGCAGUAGUCAUUGGGUUUGUUUGAGGGGCUGUUUUUUUUUUUUGGCAAACCUGUUUUAGAUGGCAGAAAAGCAUUUCGCUACUCAAGAAGUUUGCUGCAGAGGAUGACUGCUUUUGAUUCUUUAAGCAUUGUUAUAAGAACUACUGUAGGAUGUAGCGUAAUAGAUCUCAUUGGCCUCUAUAUGAUGUUUCUAGACCCACCAUCUUUGCUUCUGGUCAGCUGAUAACAGCUGAGUUAGGACUGCGUGCAGGCUGCUGGAUGGCGGCUUGUUGCCGAGCAGUUUGCAGCUCUCUUCCAGCUCAAGUCGGAGAGGAGCAUGACAAGGCCGAAGCAGAAGUCAGUUCUUUGAGUAUGUAGUUGUGUUGCAAGUUGUGUUUUGUUUGUUUGUUGCCUUGUCAAACACUCGCUCUCGCCUUUUCCUGUGUAGGAUCGGGGACAGGUUUUGAGCUUUGAAACAGUCAGAACUUGCUGAGUUCGAUUUCUCACAUAGCGGAACAGGCAGUGUUUCUAGCGCAGGUAAGGACAGUAUGAAGCCGUUACUGGGUUCAUUUAACUUCUAGCUCAGCAGGGCGUGCCUUGUGUUGUGUCAGAACUUUCUUCUUAUUGCAUGGCUGCUGAGAAUACAGCUGAAGUUGCUGGUCUGGUACAGUUCCACUCUACAUCAUGGGGGCUGGCACAUGCAAAGAUCUGAGACUCUGUGUGCGGUUUUUUAAAAAGAGGCAUUUAGUAGAUUAGGUGGUACCGAAAGGGAGUUGUCUCUCCGUCCAUUCUGUAUAGUUGCACUUUUGUUUGGUAACUCCUUUGCAUGCUCGUGUGUCUAUUAAAGAAAACCCUUGAUUUUUGUUCUUGCAUCUCUUUCCUGUUUAAUGAGAAAUGUCCGUAAGCUGCCAUUGUUUCUUUAUGGUUGUUACUUUUUUUUUUUUUUGCCGGAGAAAGAGCACUGAACAAUUUGCUGUUAUUGCACUUGGUAUAUUCAGCUUUGUUCUGCAAUUAUUAUUUUUUUUUUAAUGUUGCGGCGGUUUUGAGAAGCGAAGAAUUCUGAAUGUUUUGUUUUCUACAUAGAAAACAGCAGCAGUAUGAAACGUUUACUGUGCACAAUUCCUGUAUCAUAUUUUUACUUUCAGAUGUAGCCCCUGAUGGAUCUUCUUGUAAUCAGAGGUACUAGGGGGCUGUUACAAACUUAACAUUCACUUCCUCAGCAGAGGAGAAUGAUUACCACCCCACCCCAGGAAUGCAGGACUGAAUUGUGAUCUCAAGUUGUGCAUCAUUUGAGGUCUUUGAGAAGUUCUAGAGCUGUUUCUUCUGCUGUGUUUCAGAUUCUUUGAAGGGCCUGCUCACAUGACUUUCCAGUGAGAAAUCUUGUCCUCGUUGUGAGCAUUGAGUGUUAAGCAUAAGCACACCCUUCUUUUCUAGUGAAGAGAAAGUAACUAUUGAAUUGGGCAAUGCUAUCUUGGUAUGAAUGAGGGCUCUCUAUGAUAAUUUGCAUAGUUUGGGGGGCUGAUCAGAUGGCUGCAGAAAAACAAAACCCCACACAUUCAGAUAAGUGUGAUGUAGCCUAGUUUGUCCAUUACUUUCUUUCCAUAGUUGGGCCACGGGGGUGGGGGUGGGGUUUGAAAUCGGUACCAAAUUCCAGUUUCUCCCUAGAAAGUAGCAAAUGAAGAGGCUCAACAUUUCUCACUUUUUGAAGAAGGAGGCUUUCGGUUUUGUCUUUGGGCAAUUGGACCCAGUGUUUCUAGUGCUACGCCAGAACUAGGGGAGCACUCAUGUAAAAGAUGUUAGGAGAUGGUAUUAUAUUACAGCCAAGAAAACAGAUUGCUUUCUUUUUGUUUUAAAUUUUAUGUUCUCAGGUCUGGAUAACAUGCCUUAAGUACAUGUCAGUGCAAUGUCUGGUGUCCCCAGGAACAUCAUAGGUUCUUCUUCUUCUUCUGUAAGAGCAUUUCCAGUCAGCGUUUUAGGCACAACCAGCCAGAAUGCCUUUUUGUGCAUGCCCCACUGAAAUGAAGGGGAUUUUUCAAGAAUGGCCUGAUCUGUUGCUAUGUGGCUUGUGCCAGAAGUGGGACCUUUGUUGCACCUAAGAAAUGGCAGUUUUAAUUGUUGUCAUAGGAGCUUGUUGCUGUUUAGUGCCAGUAUGUCUUUUCUUUUCUUUUUCCUGCUAUGCAGGAAUUUCAUGAAGAGGUGUGUGUGUGUGUGUUUUAUAUGAUGUCUGAAUCUUAACAUCAGAUGUUUUUUAAAAAAGAAGCAUUUUCAUAUGUUGAGGUAUUUUUACAUCUCUUAUACAUUAGUCCCUUCUUUUGUUCUAUGACUUUUCCAGACACGAGAGAACCUGUUGAUUUAUUUUUAAAUCUUCAGAUGACUAAUGAGCAGGUUUACAAAAGAUCCCCAGCUGCUACUCUAGAAUCCUGUCAAGUAGACCUACUGUACAAAUCUGCUUCUUGGAGUCUGGUCAUGCCUAACAUUUUCCCUGACAGAAGGGAGGAGGAAUUUUGCUCAUUUUACCACUCCAACUGCAAAAAUCCCCCCCCCAUGCUGUUCCUGGGAUUCCCUGUCCCUCAGUUGCAGAAUCUUGGGGAGCAGUCGGGACUGCAUUGGGAGGGUUGAGGCGAGAAAGUCACACUUGGCUGACAAAAAUCCUUCUGUCAGUGGUAAUUUUCAUUGGGAUCCAAACUAUUAUCUCCCCCCACCCCCAAUCUGGAAGACUGCUUAUAUCGAGUGGGUUCCACUGGUAUGUUCUUGAGCCCUGUUUGUACAAACAUCAUUGACGUUAACAAGGCAGCAGCUCCACAUUCAUACAUGGCUUCUUAUUCUCCCAGCAGAGGAAGUAACACAUGAUCUUGGGAUGGACUGGCCAUUUGACCUACUGGGAAAGUUUCUGGUGGGCUGCUACCUUGGAGGGCUGCUGGCAUCAAGGAGUAAGGAAAGCCAAGCCCCCAGCAGUUGUACCAAGGCGUCCGGAGCCACUUGGCUUGGGCCUUUCUGCAUUCGCUUCCCAGUUACCUCCUCCUGAACCAUUAACAAACAGUGACAGUGCAGGAAGAAGAGGCAGCUGCUGAGUUGACAUCGUUGGGUCUAAGCUGAGUGGUCCCUGCAGUACUGGUUCACAGCACCACAGGGGACACUCAGCUCGGCUUGUUCUGGGCCAUUUAAAUGUCCUAGUCCACAUCUGUGUGAUAGUACAGUGCUAGAUUUUCUGCAUGUUACCUGUGCUACAGAUGGGAGGCUUAGGGAGAUCCUGGAUGCAGCUGAACUUGACAUUGUGUCAGUUGCUCUGCUUUCUGCUUGGGGAGAGAUUGCUUACUCCCUUUAGUACAGAGUACAAAAACAUUCAUGCAUCAUUUGUGAUCUCCCCACGCAGAGUCUCAGUGGUGUCUGCUUUGUUGUUGGAAGCAGAAAUUAGACACUUAAGAUGACCAACGUAAGGUGGGAACUAAGAUGCUCAAUUGUAUAGAAAUUUGUUGAAGCAGUGCAGCGCAUGGGGAUAUAAAUUAUCUUGCACAGUGACCAGCUGCAACAGACUGAGGCUAAGGGUGGGUCAUAGAUGCCUAUCUUGAAAAGACAGGCAAAUGUGCCGUCAGGCAGUGAGCGCUCCAUUAGAGGCACUUUCCCAAAAUAGUGGCAGUUGAAUGUACUUAAUUUCCUUAGGAGCAUUCCCUUUCUGACUUCCAUAAAUGAAAGUCUGUUACCACAGUUUCUGUAGCUUAAUUAUGGAGGGGAGGGGUUUUUUUUACAUGUGAUGUCAGAGUUGGUCAGGGUUAUUCCUGCCCCCCACACAUCUAUUUCCCUUGCACCAAAGGGAACAUCUCUGCGAAACGUCAAAAUCAAUUUUUGGUUACAAUUUAUAAAAAAAUGAAUACACUCCCUACCUUUGUUUAAUACAUUACUUGUUCGGCAUGUUUAUGCCAACAUGCCACUAUAGUUCCAGAUUUUUCACUCCAGUAAUAAUUUUAACUGUUUAUUAGGAUUCUGUAGUCAAAGUGGCUGUUCUGGUCCUCAGUUUUUAUUGCAUGUAAAUAAUUUUUAAAAGAGAGAUGUUUAACAUUGGAACGAAAUAAUAAAGUCUAUGAAACCUCCCAGGGUUCAUCUGUGAUUUGCAAGGAAUGACUAACAAUUAAUAGUAUUUACUAAUUUCUUUGUUCCUUCUACUUCUUUUCCCCCAGGGGGGUCUCUGUAUCCAUAGUUCUUAAUGACCUCAAAUGCAGUUGUGGGAACCUUAUUACCUCUUAAGGCCAGGCUUAACAGACCUUCUAGGCAGUGUUUGCCUCAGGAGAAUAUUCUUGAUUUAGAUUUAGGAAGGUCCUUUCCCUUCAAAAAAGUCUGUUCUAUAAGUUGAAUGACCCUUCCCCCUACCACUGAAUCAAAAGACUUCGUUCUGGUUUACUCUAAAUACUGUUGGAAUUGUCUGUUUUUAAUGGUAUUAACUGCUAUGGUUGUGGUGUUUUUGUGAUUAUAUUCUUAAUAAGCAUAAUUGCACCUACUUUUGUUCAUGACUAAAUCUUUUAUUGUUACUUGCACUGUGAAAAAAAGAAAAGAAUCA